AGGAGAGAGAGAGAGGGAGAAAAAAAGGAGAGGGAGGAGGGGCGGUGCUGCUGCCUGGUGCCGGGGCACUCACUCAGACAUGGAUAGCGGGCUGUGAAUGCCACAGGCUGAGAUUGAAGUUUACGGCGACGCUGAGAGGGGGAGGGGGUGGAAAUCCCGCCCCAGGAGUGACUCCAUUAACCGUCCAGCCAACGGCCGCCAGCUUGGACCCCUGCGCCCGUGGGAAAACUCUGUUCCUCCAUCGCUGCCGAUAUCGCUGGGCUGUCACCGACAUUUACUUUCGGAGGUGAAAGAUGGCACUGGACGGAAUUCGAAUGCCGGAUGGCUGUUACGCUGAUGGGACGUGGGAACUAAAUGUUCUUGUGACUGACCUGAACCGCGAUGUUUCCCUCCGAGUGACCGGAGAGGUGCAUAUAGGAGGAGUGAUGCUCAAGCUGGUGGAGAAACUGGAUGUCAAGAAAGACUGGUCAGAUCAUGCGUUGUGGUGGGACAAGAAAAAAACUUGGCUCCUGAAAACUCACUGGACCUUGGAUAAAUAUGGUGUGCAAGCUGAUGCCAAACUAAUGUUCACACCUCAGCAUAAGGUACUUCGUCUCCAGCUGCCUAAUAUGAAGACUGUGAAGGUGAAAGUCAACUUUUCGGACAGAGUCUUCAAAGCAGUCUCUGAUAUUUCCAAGACAUUCAAUAUAAGACAUCCUGAAGAACUCUCUCUCUUGAGAAAACCUAAAGAUCCAACAAAGAAGAAAAAGCGAAAAACUGAAGAAAAAGACCAAGGUGAAGAUGAGACACUAGAGUUGGAAGGACCUUUAAUUACUCCAGGAUCAGGCUCUGAUGUUCUUUAUAUUGGUCCAUCAAAAGGAAGUAUUUACUCAAGCCCCGGAUUAUAUAGCAAGACAAUGACACCAACAUAUGAUUCAAGAGAUGGUAGUCCACUUUCCCCGACAUCAGCUUGGUUCGGUGACAGUCCUCUGUCUGAAGGCAAUCCUAGUGUUCUUGCGGUGAGCCAGCCAAUCACCUCUCCAGAUAUUUUGGCACAGCUUUUCAAACCGCAGUCUCUCCUUGAUAAGGCAAAAAUGAAUAAAGGAUGGUUAGAUUCAUCAAGGUCCCUGAUGGAGCAAGAUGUUAAAGACAAUGAUGUUUUAAUGCUCCGAUUCAAAUAUUACAGUUUUUUUGAUUUAAACCCAAAGUAUGAUGCAGUGAGAAUCAACCAACUUUUUGAACAAGCUAAAUGGUGCAUUCUUCUGGAAGAAAUUGAAUGCACAGAGGAGGAAAUGAUGAUGUUUGCAGCUUUACAAUACCAUAUCAACAAAUUGUCCAUUAUGUCUUCUGACCACCAUAUGAACAACAGUGAAAAAGAAGUGGAUGAAGUAGAUGCAGCCCUAUCAGAUUUGGAAAUUACUUUGGAAGGUGGCAAAACAUCAACCAUUCUGGGUGAUAUCACUUCUAUUCCAGAAUUGGCUGACCAUAUUAAAGUGUUCAAACCAAAGAAAUUAACACUCAAAGGUUACAAGCCAUAUUGGUGCACGUUUAAAGACACAUCCAUUUCAUGCUACAAAAGCAAAGAUGAAUCCCAUGGACCUCCAGCUCAUCAGAUGAACUUGCGAGGUUGUGAGGUGACUCCCGAUGUCAACAUAUCUGGCCAAAAAUUCAACAUCAAGUUGCUGAUUCCAGUGGCAGAGGGGAUGAAUGAAAUUUGGCUCCGCUGUGAUAAUGAAAAGCAGUAUGCACAAUGGAUGGCAGCCUGCAGAUUAGCAUCAAAGGGCAAGACGAUGGCAGACAGCUCAUAUAGUCUUGAGGUGCAGAAUAUCUUGUCGUUUUUGAAGAUGCAACAUUUAAACCCUGAUCCUCAAGUUAUUCCAGACCAGAAUUCAACAGACAUCAAUCCAGAAUGUCUUGUGUCUCCUCGCUACUUGAAAAAGUAUAAAAAUAAGCAGCCAGGCUAUGUAAGGGAUUUGAUCUCUGCCAGAAUCCUUGAGGCCCAUCAGAAUGUAGCUCAGAUGAGUCUCAUUGAAGCAAAGAUGAGGUUUAUCCAGGCUUGGCAGUCACUUCCUGAAUUUGGUAUCACUCACUUCAUUGCAAGAUUUCAAGGAAGUAAGAAAGAUGAUCUGAUUGGCAUAGCCUACAAUAGGUUGAUCAGGAUGGAUUCAAGCACUGGAGAUGCAAUCAAGACAUGGAGGUUCAGCAACAUGAAACAGUGGAAUGUAAAUUGGGAGAUCAAAAUGGUGACUGUCGAGUUUGCAGAUGACGUUCGGCUUUCUUUUAUCUGUGGCGAUAUUGACUGCAAAGUAGUUCACGAAUUCAUUGGUGGUUACAUCUUCUUGUCGACGCGAGCUAAAGACCAGAAUGAAAGCUUGGAUGAGGAUAUGUUCUUUAAGCUUACCAGCGGUUGGAUGUGACAGCAAAUCAAAGAAAUAUAUAUCCAGGCCAUUAAAAUGCCUUUGUUAGAAAUGAGUGCUGUUACUCAACAUAUGCUGCUUAUUCCAGCAAGCGCCUCGUACUGUAAUCUUUUACCAUGGACUUUUUGUUUUAGUUACCAAAUUUAGUUAACACUGUAUGUGCACUAACAGUAACCAGCUCCUUUUGGAAUUGGCAUGAUCUCUCCUUCUGACAUGCAACUUGAAAGACCCCUCGUUAGAAAUCUGUUUCAAAGUGUGCCUUGAAACAAGCCAUAUAAUAUAAUACAUAAGCUAUCCACAAAGUGUAAUGUCAAGGGCAGAAAAGAACAUAUAAAAUAUUUAUCAAACUUUCAGAUGUCUGUUUCGAACUUUCAAGAUAAAAAAACAAAAAUUCCCAACACAAAUCCAAGACUACUACAGAAACUUUGAAAAUGAAGGUAGUUUUGUUUGGAAAUAAAACAAAAAUACACAGCUCAUUGUUUUUAGCUUGCUUACCUGAACGUCUGUUUAUUAGUUUCAUUUACGUAUUGUUCUUUAUAUUGCCAAACUUUUUUUUACACUUUAUAGUAUUAUGUGAAGCUGUUUUAAUCACCACAUUAGUUACCUCUUUUAUUUUCUUAAGAUAUAAAAUCUUUCCAGUACAUUAUGAAGUAAUUCUAUAUGAAGUAUUUGUUUUUCUCAUGUAACUAAUGUAAAAACACAAGUUUUAUAUAAUUGUACAGUUUUUAAUCUAUAGCAUCACAAAUCAGUUACAGAAUAUGCUUACAAUGUAUUCGCUUUUAAUGUGCUUUUGCAGGCACCGAUAGGUAACACUAAAAGUUUGAGUCUUGCUUAGUUAUAUCAUGUUUCAUUGUAACAGCUAGCUGAAAUUGUGCCACCAACUCCUAAGUGGAGCAUAACAUUAAUUUUGAAAACAUGUAUAAAUGCAUUUAUUUUAAAUAAAAGUUGUCUUUUAUUUAAAA